GGCAAGGCAAGGAAAGGCUAGCGAAGGAGCAUCCAGCACAGGGACCAGGCAAAGAAAGCGUGGCAGAGGCGGGGCGGCGGCCAACGUGGUUUAGACCUGAAGCCUCCGAUGAGCAUGGGCGUGGCUAGAAGAGGCGGGGCAUAGAACCGGUGGACGUUCAGGGCAUGGACAGGACAGAUGAGAAGAGGUGGAGGGAAAAGGUGUCGGUGGGGACAGUGAGGAUCGCGAAGUCAGCGUGGGUGUGGGGCGACGGGAGGUCUUGCGGCCAGAGGACGGUCUAUGGCAAGGAGAGUCUCCGAAAUCACGAGCAGAGUCGAGGCGAAGACAAAUACUGGGGCAAGGAAAGAGUUAUUUACGAGAGGGAGCACGGCGAACAGAGAGCCAAACGGGAGGACCGGGACGAGGAGCGACCACCCGGCGAAGACAGAUCCCGGGGCGAGGGAAGGUCACCCGAGGAAGAGCGAUCCCGGGGCGAGGGGAGAUCUCGAGGAGUAGAGAGGCCCCGCGACCAGGAAAGGUUCCCUAAGGAGAAGGCGCAGGCCCAGGAGAGGGCUGGCGCGGAGGGGCAGGCGGCUGCCGAGGAGAAACCACCGGGGCGGGAGAAGGAGAGGGGUCGGGGAUCGCAGCAGAAGCAGGAGGGCCAGGUUGCCCAGGACCCGGGGAGGGGAAGAAGCCAGGACCUAGGGCGUGGCCAGGACAGAAAGAGGAGCGAGGAGCCGACCUCCUGCCAGACUCAGUGCCCGUUCCACGGCAAGGGGCGUGGCCAGGAGAGAAAGUCCGUAGGAGAGCCAAUCUCCUGCCAGAUUCAGUGCAAGGGGCGUGGCCAGGAGGGAAAGUCCAGCGAAGACCCAAUCUCCGGCCAGACUCCGCGCCAGAGCCAAAGCAAGGGGCGUGGCCAGGAAGGAAAGUCCAGCGAAGACCCAAUCUCCGGCCAGACUCCGCGCCAGAGCCAAAGCAAGGGGCGUGGCCAGGAGGGAAAGUCCAGCGAAGACCCAAUCUCCGGCCAGACUCCGCGCCAGAGCCAAAGCAAGGGGCGUGGCCAGGAGAGCAAGUCCAGCGGAGAACCAAUCUCCGGCCAGACUCCGCGCCAGAGCCAAAGCAAGGGGCGUGGCCAGGAGGGAAAGUCCAGCGAAGACCCAAUCUCCGGCCAGACUCCGCGCCAGAGCCAAAGCAAGGGGCGUGGCCAGGAAGGAAAGUCCAGCGAAGACCCAAUCUCCGGCCAGACUCCGCGCCAGAGCCAAAGCAAGGGGCGUGGCCAGGAGGGAAAGUCCAGCGAAGACCCAAUCUCCGGCCAGACUCCGCGCCAGAGCCAAAGCAAGGGGCGUGGCCAGGAGAGCAAGUCCAGCGGAGAACCAAUCUCCGGCCAGACUCCGCGCCAGAGCCAAAGCAAGGGGCGUGGCCAGGAGGGAAAGUCCAGCGAAGACCCAAUCUCCGGCCAGACUCCGCGCCAGAGCCACAGCAAGGGGCGUGGCCAGGAGAGCAAGUCCAGCGGAGAACCAAUCUCGGGGAAGACUCGGCGCCAGAGCCGCAGCAAGGGGCGUAGCCAGGAGAGCAAGUCCAGCGGAGAACCAGUCUCGGGCAAGACUCGGCGCCAGAGCCGCAGCAAGGGGCGUAGCCGGGAGGGGAAGUCCCGCGAAAAGCCGAUCUCCGGCCAGACUCGGCGCCGGAGUCAGGGCAGGGGCCGUAGCCAGGAGAGAAAGUCCAGCGGAGAACCAAUCUCGGGCAAGACUCGGCGCCAGAGCCGCAGCAAGGGGCGUAGCCAGGAGGGGAAGUCCCGCGAAAAGCCGAUCUCCGGCCAGACUCGGCGCCGGAGUCAGGGCAGGGGCCGUAGCGUGGACGGAGGUGUGGGCAAGGACUCACAGACUGACAAGACCAAGACUAGAAGCCGGCUCUUGAGCAGGGCAGGAGAGAAGAGAAAGGGGCGUGGCGAGGAGCGGUGUGAGGGCGGGACAGCCUGUGAGGGCGGAGCCAAGCCCAGGAACAAGUCGGUGGUCGCCGAGGGGCGUAAGGGUGGGGAAAAGAAGGGCAAGGCAAGAAACAAAAAGAGAGACUUGGCGAAGAGUAGAGUCGGAGUUCUAAGAGCCGGCAUAGAGAAGAGCAAGGGUAGGGCAAGGAGAGAGAGAGCGACUGGCAAGCGGGCUGAAAAGAGCCGCGAGGCCAGAAGUAAGAGUAGGGGCGGGGCCGAGAGCAAGAGCAGGGGCGUGGCGAGGAGUCUUAGUAGGGGAGGGGCUGAGAGUAAGAGAACCGGCAGGACCAGGAGUAUUAGUAGGGGCGAGGUCCAGAGUAAGAGUAAGGGCGUGGCCAGGAGUAAGAACGGAGCUAGGGUUGAGAGUAAGGGCAGGAGUAGAGGCGGGAACAGGGCGGGCGCUCGAAGCCUGAUCAAAAGUGGAGCCAGGAAGAGGGGCGGGAAGAAAGGCAAGAACUGAGCGGUUUCCCAGAGAUCAGCCCCAGCGAGCAGACUGACAAUGCUACUGCUGUCGUGGAAGUCGUGGGCGGAAAAUCAUUUCCAAAACUGCCGCUGGCUUGUUGUCCUGAACAAGUUCGAGAGAGUAGGCGC